ACUGUAGCUAUCCAUUUAGACUUAUUGAGUUGUAGUUUCUUUUUGAUUAUUAAUAGUACUCUAUUUUGAUAGUGACUCUUGGCAAAAGGCUGGGUCGCAAAAAGUCCAGAGAAUCGACUUGCUCAGCUGUUGUAGAUACUGUCAGAGGCCCCGAUCUCCUAUUAAAUAAAAUGUAAUCGUCGAGUCAGCUCUUCUUGUCUAUCCUACGGUGAUUGUCCUACCCUUCUCAAGUGGAGGUAGCUUUACCAGUAGUGGUUGGCGCGUAGCCGUGCCGGUACCGCCAGUGGCAACUGGAGCAGGCUCUGUCGAAGUCUUGAGGAACCACUCCCAAUAGAUUAACCAAGCACAGCGCUGCAGACCACAGCUGAAGUCCGCUUACAGCCUUUCACGACCACACCGCAUACUGCUCUUUCUCUCGCCUCUUUUCAACCAAUACUACUUUGCCAAGGCUUCUGCGGCCAGCAAGCUCCAUUUACCACUGCAACCACUACCUUCAUCAGGUAUCAUUGCAUAGCCAUUGGUGUGUGUGCUAUAUAAAGACCCAUUGUUCUCUCUAGCCACGCUCAUCAUCAUCCCUCUGGCUAUCGUUGCCUUCAUAAUUGACAAGCAACCCUCCCUCUACUACAGCGCGGUCCCGAGAAGAAACAACAGACACGACAAGCAUCUUGUCGUUGUAGUAGCGACCGCUCCUUCCUCUAUCAGUGGCUAGUAGUAUUGUAUCAAUCGAAUUGAGUUGAAUUGAGUUGAGUUAGUUGACCAUGGCGAGUGUAAUUGAUCUGGAUCGCGUGCGUCGCAACGAUGACCGUUUGUCGACGCUGCAAUUGAUUCUGAGCGGCGCCGUCGACCUCGCUGCUCUGAAGGAAGUCUUGCGCGUGAAUACCAAGGUCUCCGAAGUCAUCAUCUACGUGGAUGAGUCCUUCUUGGUAGAGCUUCCCGUGGAAGAAACACACGAUUUGUUUCGGACGAUUGGAGGAAUGCCCAAUCUACAAAAGUUGGGAUUCCACAGUCAGAGCGGCAGCAGCGGCGUUCUCAGCAUCCAGGCAUUGAUUGCCAUUACCAGUCAUGCCACGCGAAUGGUCCACUUUGGCAUCAGCGACGUUGCCUUGUGGGGCUCUCAAGCCGACUUUCAACUGUGGGCGACGCAGUUACAGACACAAUUGUUCCUGCAAUCCUUUUGUGUCUGCGAGUGCGAACUCCUCGAACCCAGCAAGGAAUGUCCGCUCGAUCCUCUUCUCACUGUACUCUCCAUCUUGCCGUCGCUGGAAGCGCUCUUUCUACAAGCCGCAACGCCCAAUGCCCUCGGACAAGUCUCUCCGGAAGCGGUAGGAGCCAUUGGCAUGGCGCCGCAGCUGCAAGAUUUGAGAUUGGGAAAUUUCGAAUUGAAACACGGACACGUCGUGCAAAUGGCCAAAGUACUGCCGUCCAACGCUGUCUUGACGGAACUCAAACUCGACGCCAGUGUCGAGUUUCAUCGGGAAACUGCGGUCGCCAUGGCCAAGAUUCUACGGUACAAUCGCCGUUUGAAGAGUCUCGAAUUGGGACUCACGUCCAUGAUGCCCGACGAUUGCUCCGUCGUCUUGGCCGAGUCACUCAAGUACAAUACCACGCUCGAGUCAUUUACGCUCAGUCGAGGCGCCAAUGCCAGGUUUCGACCUACCAUUAGCAAGGCGUGUCAAGCCGCCUUUGUCGAAAUGUUGCAUCAAAAUUACGUACUCGAAACACUGGUCCUAUUCCAGAGGUUCCCCGUCAAGAAGGAAUUCAAACUCUAUUUGACUCUCAACAAGUACGGAAGAGGAAAGCUCCUCAUGUCCCAUGCCAGUGAACGUGAAGACUGGAUUCAAGCCAUUCACAAGGUGAACGAUGAUCUCGAUUCCAUCUUCUACUAUCUCUCCAUCAACCCCUCGCUUUGUAACAAUUGCUUUGAUGAAGAGGAGGAAGAAGAAGAGGAGGAACCAGAAGAAGAAGAAGAGGAAGCCGUUGAAGAAUUCCAAGAUGCUGAAGCGGCUAUGCUGGGCGCCAAUCAAGGACCCAUGUUGAACAUGCUGUAUGGAAGCAUGGCAGCUGCGGCCGGACACAAGCGUCAGCGUCCCAUUCCUCUUGCGGGCUCGGCGUUUCUCCAGGAGUCGGCGGAGCGAUCCAAGAGAAUGCGCAACGUAUGGGACCAGCAGUCCCAUCUUCCCACAGCGGCGCAUGUCGUCGUGGAAGAUACUCAAGCCCUGAUGCCGCCGCAGUAUCACCACCACCAUCAAGCAGCAGCGGCGGCGCUCCAUCAGUCCUUACAGCCGCAUCAUCCCCAACUCGCGGCGGCGCUGGCGGCUUCGACACUGCCGCAGCAGGCGUUGCAGCAGCAGUCCUAUGCCGCGGCCAUCUAUGAUCCUAGGCAGCACCAGCAAGCUCUUUCUCAUCAUCAUCAACUGCAGCAGCGUCAUCAUCAUCAUCAUUCCCAACAACAGCCACCGCAGCAGCCCUUGUUGGUGACUGCUGCUAUGGAUCCGCGAUUUCAGCAGCAAUUGUCAGGAUUCAGUCAAGAGCAACUGGCUUGUCUGCAGCAUCAACUUGCCUUGCAGCAACAGCAAGCACAGCAGCAAAGGGCAGAUCCACCAGGAGCGCUCUUUGCGGCGGCUGUGGCGGCGGCGGCACGGAUGCCGCGUCACCCCCACCACCCUCAUCAUAACCACCAUUUACACUUUUGAAGAGGUGGUUCGAACACGAGACGAAGGAGACACACACUCACUGAAAGUUAUAAAGCUUCUUUUGUUAAUUAAUUAAAAAGAAAGCAUUGGAGAUGGGCGCGUCAAGCAAGCACGGACACCGACUUCCUCCCUCCGGCACUCCAAGAACAGUGGCUCUUGUCCCUCGGCUUGCUUGCGACAGCGCUACAAUGAAGGAGAAGAACCAAUGAACAUCCGCUGGUCUUCAAACGACAUACCGAUAGAUAUUCAUUAGUAGCAAUAUCAUUACAUAUUUUUAAAACGUAUUUAUACAGGCUG